AAAGUCGCGAAUCAAUAAUACACUAUACUAUUUCCUUUCUCGUUCUCCCAAAAAGUGAGCUGUGUUUCUCAAAUCGCGGUGACAUUCCAUUCAUUCCCAGAUUAAUUUGAUGAUUUGUAUUAUUAAACUUCGGUCCAUUUCUUAACAAAAAGAAAUCAAUCAACUGCUGGUUGGGACCACAACUCAGCUUUUUCCUCAAUAUCAGCAAGCUUUUAUUCAAUGUCUUCGUAUCCAUGCUUACCUUCCCUUUUCCCCCCUCCUUUUCAAGCCCAAUUUACUGUAUUCCCACUUGACCAACAAUGUUCCAUUGUUAAAGAAGAAAACACUUUUUCUGGGAUCAGUUAUUUUCCUCUUUUUGCUUUCUUUUACACUUAAGAAUCCCACAUUUGUUUGUGCAUCUGCUUUGUAGUGUUGGCUGGUUAACUGUAAUGGUGGUCAAGAAACUUUGCUGUCUUCAGUGGAUUAUACUCUGUAGUCUUCUACUGGCGGCUCUUGUUUGCUCCAAAAAUCAUGGGAAUGCAGCAAACGAAUUAAUUGAGAUUAUUAACAAGAAUCGAACAGACAGCAAGCUUCCUCGUCUGAGCAACAGUCCAGGUCUAGGCUGCAUUGCUUUGCAGUACGCUGAGGAAUGCAAGGGAAACUGCACUGAUAACAAUACUAUACAUUGUCAACCAUCAGAAGAUGACUUCACCGAAGUAUUUGCUCCCAACUGUGGUGUCGAACUGCCCACUUUCGGAACCAUAUCUGGCUACAUUUUGGGAUGUCAAAACAAGUAUCUUGACCCACAAGAAGCAUUCUCACACGCGCUCGUUCAAGACCGGAAAACCCUGUCUCUGUUGAAAAAUCGAACACAUACCGAAGUCGGAGUAGGCAUAAUUGGCAGUCAUAAGCAUAAAAGGCAUUACAUUUGGUGUGUGUUGUUCAGUAAUAGUCAGACAAAUACUACAUUUGUUCUUGAAGAUCUUGGCAAAGGAAUAGAACAAAAGAGUGGAUGUUACAGUGGAUCCAGUAUUCCUUGCAGCAGAGGGCAUAAGAAUACUGAUGUGUUUUCAAAUAUUUGGAUUCUGCUUCUGUAUAUUUCCCCUUUACUUAAUUUUCACCUGAGAUUUUUGUAAGUAAUGUCAAAUUUUAUAUUUUCUU